AUGGAGGGAGACGAGCUGAUGCUAGAUCUGUUCGUGGACAGUUUCUGGUACGGGGAGAACACACAGGGGCUGACGGACCACCUGCUGAUCGCGGUGCAGGUUCCUCCGACUUCAUUGCUACAAGUUGGAAACGGAGCGCGUGGAAUUUUCGAUCGAGAAGCUGUACACGUCGGAGGAUUUUAUCAAGAUGACGUGGAGGAGGAUGCAGUUCUUGGGAGAUGUAUUGAAGCGCGGCUACAAUUUCAUCUUCACGGCCCGCCUGCCAUCGGCUAUAAUUUUGGGUCACCCUCGCUUGCCAAUCAGCCUCUUUAA